GAAGCCGGGCUUAAGAAUGGAGAUGUAUGAAACCCUUGGAAAAGUGGGAGAGGGAAGUUAUGGAACAGUCAUGAAGUGUAAACAUAAGGAUACCGGGCAGAUAGUGGCCAUUAAGAUAUUUUAUGAGACACCAGAAAAAUCUGUCAACAAAAUUGCAACGAGAGAAAUAAAGUUUCUAAAGCAAUUCCAUCAUGAAAACCUGGUCAAUCUGAUUGAAGUUUUUAGACAGAAAAAGAAAAUUCAUUUGGUGUUUGAAUUUAUUGACCACACAGUAUUAGAUGAGUUACAACAUUAUCGUCAUGGACUAGAGAGUAAACGACUUAGAAAAUACCUCUUCCAGAUCAUUCGAGCAAUUGAAUAUCUUCACAAUAAUAAUAUCAUUCAUCGAGAUAUAAAACCUGAGAAUAUUUUAGUAUCCCAGUCGGGAGUUAUUAAACUCUGUGAUUUUGGAUUUGCACGAAUGCUAGCCGCUCCUGGGGACAUUUAUACAGACUAUGUGGCCACACGCUGGUAUAGAGCUCCAGAAUUAGUAUUAAAAGAUACUUCUUACGGAAAACCUGUGGAUAUCUGGGCUUUGGGCUGUAUGAUCAUUGAGAUGGCCACUGGAAAUCCCUUUCUUCCUAGCAGCUCUGAUUUGGAUUUACUUCAUAAAAUUGUUUUAAAAGUAGGUAAUUUGACACCUCACUUGCAAAAUUUCUUUUCCAAGAGUCCUAUUUUUGCUGGAGUGGUCCUUCCUCAAGUUCAACACCCCAAGAAUGCAAGAAAAAAGUACCCAAAGCUAAAUGGAUUAUUGGCAGAUGUAGUUCAUGCUUGUUUACAAAUUGAUCCUGCUGAGAGAAUAUCAUCUACUGAUCUUUUGCAUCAUGAUUAUUUUACUAGAGAUGGAUUUAUUGAAAAAUUCAUACCGGAACUAAGAGCUAAAUUACUACAAGAAGCAAAACUCAAUGCAUUCGUAAAGCCAAAAGAGAAUUCUAAAGAAAAUGAACUUAUGAAAGAUGAAAGAAAAACAAUUUAUACUGAUACACUGCUACACACUUCACUUUUCGGAAAGGAAAUGGAAAAAGAAAAAAAACCCAAGGAAACCAAAGCCAGAGUUAUUAAAGUCAAAGGAGGAAAAGCAGAUAUCUUAGAACCAAAAAAGACAGAGUAUGAAAGUGGACAUUGUCAAACAGAUACAAUUGAAAAUGCUCAUACCGUGUCUCAAAAUACAAAAUCUGUAAUCAGUGAACCACCACACCCUGCCAAUCCCAGCGCUAACUCCCUUGGCAUGAAAGACAGCCCACAUGCUGGAGGCAGUAGGAUGAUGCCGCCCAUUAACCUAACUAGCAGCAAUUUGAUGGCUUCCAGUCGCAGUUCAAAUCCCUCCCACUCCAAUUCAAGGUUAUCUGAAAGAGCAAAAAAGAGACAUACUUCUUCACAACCUAUUGGACAAGUUAUGGCUAAUAGCAGGCAAGAGGAUACAGGCCCCACUCAAAGCCAAAUGGAGAAGGGUGUAUUUAAUGAGCAGACAAGUCAAAGUGACCAAAUGGCAAAUGGAAAUAAAAGGAAGCUGAAUUUUCCCAGACCUGACAGGAAAGAAUUCCAUUUCCCAAAAUUGCCUUUCAUAAUACAGUCAAAGGAGGUGAAAAGAAUGGACGUUAAACAGAUAAAAGUGCUGAAGAGGGAAUCAAAGAAAAUAGAUUCAUCUAAAAUACCAACUUUACUUAAUGUGGAUCAAAAUCAAGAAAAACAAGAGAAUACAGGAAAUGCACAAACUGAAAGGAAGAAGAGCCUGCCAGAUGUAGAGUAG